GGACCCCAACGGAGGAGACGUGGCCGGGGAUCGGGGCCAACGCCGAGUUCCGGGCCCACAAGUACCCCCCGUACCCCCCCGAGGGGCUGCUGCACCACGCGCCACGGCUGGACCAGGAUGGUGCUGACCUGCUGGGGCAGCUGCUGCAGUUCGAGGGGCGGCGGCGGCUGCCGGCAGCUGAGGCCAUGGCGCAUCCGUUCUUCGCCUGCCUGGGGCCCCGCGUCACCACCCUGCCCGACACCACCUCCAUCUUCGCGCUGAAGGAGAUCCAGCUGCAGAAGGAGCCAGGGCUGCGCUCGGCCACGCUGCCCCCCCCAGGUUCCUCUGCCUUCCGGGUGCUUGACACUGUGUUCUGACACUGAGCCGCCCUUGGAUCGCUGCUGCAACGCCAUGGGACCCCCCCCAACACUGGGGGGGC